GAGAGAGAGCUGUCUUCCAGUACAGUUAAGGUCAGUGUGAGAUUGUGUGGAAUUGCAGAGAGAUUUGUGAGAUUAUUCCGAGGCCCCAAAAAUCUAGGGUUUUGUUUUUCUAAUUGGCUUCUUCUUCUCUCUCCCGGUAAGUAAAUCAAAUCCCGUUUCGAAUUUUCUAUAAUUAAAUUCUUGGAUUAUAAAUUCGGUUGUUUUUGGUUGGUUAAUUUCUAGGGUUUUUGAGAAUUGGGGGAUUUUGAUUUGGUCGUAUCGAGCUUAAUUGGGUGUUGCAUGUUGUGAAUUAAGAACUUUGGAUAUUUAAGGCAUGCAGCCAAAGUCCGAAACUGAAAAUCAAAUACGUGUUGAUCAUCAUACCAUUCCACCAUCCACUGUUUCUUCACAACCUUGGUGGCGUACUGGGUAUAACCCCACCUCCCCAACUGUGACAGGGAGAAAUGUUUCCACUUCAUCUUCGUUUGAGCCCCCAAAGAGUCAUUCAGAAUCCAGUGAUGACAAAUCUGUUUCUGAUGAUGGAUCAAAUGAGGAUGAUGAUAAUGCCAAAGAGUCACACUUGACAUCUCCUUUGUCAGUUGGAAAUAAAAACCAGGAUUUGCAGCUUGAUUCGUCCACUGUUCCUACUGUACAUGAUGAAGGCGUUACUCAUCCACCACAGCUUGAACUUAUCGGUCACUCUAUCGCUUGUGCCUCAAAUCCUUACCAGGAUCCAUACUACGCAGGGAUGAUGGCGGCUUAUGGACAUCAGCCUUUGGGUUAUCCUCCUUUUGUUGGAAUGCCACAUGCUAGAAUGCCUUUGCCCCUAGAGAUGGCACAGGAGCCUGUAUAUGUCAAUGCAAAACAAUACCAAGGAAUUCUACGGCGAAGACAGGCACGUGCAAAAGCAGAACUUGAAAAGAAGCUAAUUAAAGUCAGAAAGCCAUAUCUUCACGAAUCACGACAUCAACAUGCUAUGAGAAGGGCAAGAGGUACUGGAGGACGUUUUGCAAAGAAGACAAAUGGUGAUACUUUAAAGACCGGUGGCCAAGAAAAGGCAUCACAUUCAUCACAGUCUGCCAGUUCAUCAGGCUCGGAACCCUUGCCCUCAGAUUCUGCAGAAACAUGGAAUUCUUCCAUCAGUCAACAAGAAGCUAGUCGACCCCAAGUCCAUGAUGCAUAUGCCACUAACAAUUAUGUAAAUGGUAGUGGCUGCUACCAGACUCAUGGUGGCUUGCAGGCUUCAUUGUAUCGUACGUAUUCGGGAAAAAGAGGUGAUGAAGGAGAUUGUAUGGGCCAGCAACGGGGAAGUAUAUCAUCAAAUCAGGGUUCACAGAGGCGUCUUGCCAUCCAGUGAAAUCCAUGGGAGGCGGAUGCCGGGAGUGAGGCUUCGACUCCUUCGAGAGAAGGCGUGAUCGCCCCCCCCCCCCC